GCCGAAGGCCAGCGCUCUGUCUGGCCCGCAUUUCAGCGCGAGACGUACGCACUAGCAGUAAGGCUGAGAAGGCGCGAUGUCGGUGAGUGGGGAGCGGCUGCGGCACCCGCUGGCGGAGCGCCUGAGUGCCGGGUUCGAGCACCGCUACGGGGACGGCUUCGUGGUGACGCGGCCCGGCGGCCUCGUCAUGCCCGCCGAGUUCCUGCUGGACGCGCAGCGCGUCCACGACUUCCCCGUCAGGCAGGACGACGUGUGGCUCGUCACCUUCCCCAAGUCAGGUACGACCUGGACGCAGGAGCUGGUGUGGCUUCUGAUGAACGACCUGGACUUCGAGACCGCUAAGGAGAUGUGCAUCACCAAACGGUUCCCGUACCUCGAACACGUGAGCCUGGUGCCCGCGGCGGCCAGGCAGGGGGCGCCGGACACCAUCAGGCGGGCAGCAGACCAGCCGCCGCCCAGACUCAUCAAGAGCCACCUGCCGCCGGCGCUCCUCCCCAGGCAGCUAUGGACCGUCAAACCCAAGAUCAUAUACGUCGCCAGAAGUCCGAAAGACGCCGCCACCUCGUUCUACUACCACAACUGCCUCAUCCACGGACUCAAACUCUCGCUGGACGAGUUCCUCGAGUGUUUCCUCUCCGACUCUGUUCAAUUCACUCCCUACUGGACAAGCGUCCUGGAAUUUUGGAAACUGCGGAAUGAGCCGAAUAUCCUGUGGAACACCUAUGAAGAAAUGAAACAGGACCUGGGCGCCGUGAUCCGGAAGACGGCCGCCUUCUUGGACAAGGAGGUGACGGAGGAGCAGGUGCGGCAGCUGGAGCAGCACCUGAGCUUCAGCAGCAUGAGGGACAACCCGGCCACCAACUACGGCGGCGUCGUCGAGGCGUCGCGGCAGCGGCUGCGCCUGCCGCCGGCGCCGGCCGGCCUCAGCUUCAUGCGCGAGGGGCGGGUGGGCGCCUCCAGGAGGCGCAUGUCGCCGGAGAUGGACCGCCGCUUCGACCAGUGGAUCCAAGACCACGUGCGCGGCACCGGCUACUCGGGGCCCCUCUGAGUCCCAGGGCACCCCAGCCAUUGUGGUCCUCCAGCGGGGGCAAUGCGUAUAAAAUAUCCUCGGUAUUCUUGGUGAAUCGGAUUACAUUAAGAACUCAAUCUUUAGUUAGUAACCUACUCAGUCCCAGUAGGGAACAAACGACAGUCACCGUGCUGACAGAUGUGGUGUCGAUGUGCGGAAUGCUGGUGGUCCCCUGAUGGAACAUAAACAACUCGGUGAACUUUCGAAUGUCCAUUGUAAUUGUCUGGGCUGUUAUGCCGUGGUCGGUUGAUGAAUUCUGUGUCAAUUCCCAACUUUCGAAUGUCGAGACACCGCUUGUGUGCACCACCGAGUCUCUGGUCACAGUGGCUACCACAUGGGGGGCAUUUUCAAAUCGUGAUGCCAAUACAGGUGCAGUCUCGGUGCAACCGAUCUCAGUGACCAAAUGUAAAGACUUCGGACGACGGUCAGCAGAAUUCAGAUAAGUUUAGUUUCUUCGGUCGAAUCAGGCGACGUUUACGUAUGCAAAAUAUGGAUUGUGAGAAAUUUAUUUAGUACUUGAAAGAAGGAAUUUGUGGACUCCUGAGUACGAUAAAUAUAAUAACAGGGAUAUAUCCCGGAAUUUAUUGUCUGAAACCAACAGUUUUGAGCAGGUUAAAAAUGCAAUAAUAAUUACUUGAACGUUACCUUACAUUAUGUUAUGCAUUUUCUGUGUUUCACAAGGCGUUUCACCCUCAUGUCUACACUUUAUGCAGCGUGUCAUCUGCAACACAGCCAAACUUGUACCGGUAAUUUUAGGCUUAGUUUAUCGCCUCAAAUAAAUUAUGUGGUUAACAAAGAAAGGUGGCAUAUGUCAAUUUUGCCGUUUAAAGUUAAUGUACCGGAUUUUUUUCGGCUGUGGUAUGUGGGAAUUAGCUUGUAACUUAACCACUUCUUAGCUUCUCUCUAUCUGAGUGAAUCUUCCUGAAUCCGUCAACCAAAGCUUCCCAAAACUGAUUACCGGACAAACUAAUACCUAACUUAAACUGUACUGUGCAAACCUCAGCUUACACUGACUUAUACUAAGGACCAAUGUGAUUUGUUCAACACUGUCUACAAACUAAGGCUGGCUGUUUCUAUACAAAUGCAGUGCUACCCUGAAUCUAACCUAAUUUCCGAAAUAAAUGCGCGACUGAAAUUACAAAGCAAUUCGUGGCCCUAAACUGUAUUUUCACGUACCUUGUGUCUUGACAAACAUUUUUGCAGAUUUCUGAAAGCAGCGCACAGCAUGCAGCAGCAAACCAACAUUAAAAAACUACAACUGAAAAUUACGUAUUACGAAAUGAAUUGUGCACACGUACAUAAUAAACUGAAUGAAGGAUGGAAAUUUUAACUGGUAUGAAAUGAAUUCUGACAAAAUUCGCAUUCAAAAGUUCAUAUUCAAAAAUCAUGCUUCAAAAAUCAAGUGAAUGAUCAGAAUAAUAUUUACAUAAAAUGACUUUAAGUAAGGGGAAUCCCGUCGCCCUAUCAGAGCAGUUCUUAUAACAAUCCUGCUAUCUGAGCUUCGUUACUCCAGUCUCAAUAACACAAAACAGUGACACACGCUUGCAUAAUCUCUCAACAUUCCAGAAAAACACAAAAAUAAUCUAUGAAAAUAUUCGUACGCCAAUUCCAUCAAUCUUAUAUCACACUUAUAAAGAAAAUUUCCUGGCCAUUCUUGAAAACACAUCUGCUGCUCAACACGGCUCAGAGCGCGUGCAGCUUCUCUAGCGUUCUCAGGCGGAGGCGGUGUAGCAACACAGAGAUAUUGUAGCAAUAGUCAAAGAUUACUCAGUUACGCGGUUUACCUCUGUGUGAUCUAUGCACAUCGAUAUCUACGUAAGAAACAGAAUUUACCAAAAUAACAUGCACACCUCACAAGCUGUCUAGGUAUUAUUAUUGCUGUGACUACGUAGGCUUUCCCGGCGUAUUAAGUCUUGAAAGUCUCUUCGGGUUUGCUAUCGGAUCCUAAAAUCAGCUUGACUCGAUAUUUCGGCCAGUUGGAUCCCCGAAAUAUCGAGUCAAGUAUUAUUAUUGCUGCUUACUGGUGUUCUUAGGUCAGCAGGAUGGUGAUUCUGCUAUAAGAGGUUGUUUGCAAAUGUGGCGUGUGUGUUGCGACAGUUCAAUGGCUUAGGUGUUCAGAGUAUAUUAUUCUACAGACCUUUCUUCCUGUACAGCAACUCCUCGCAUAGUUUAAAGGGUUUCGAGUUUCUUCAUUGGUUGUAUGUGUACACUAUCUAAAAAUACUUGUUUUCUUUUGCUUACCUGAAUUCUGUGAUUUAUGCAUGUAGUGACUCCGUUCAGCUGAAAUGAACAU